AAAAACCUUUGAUUUUAUUUUUGAAAAUCUAAAAAAAAUAAGUAAAUAAAUAAAGGCAUCCGAUUUUUAGCUCCCUGUCGCCAUCUUUCAAAAGAAUUUCCAAACAAGGUGUGAUCUACAAGAAAGGAGAGGAUAAGCAGCCUUUUUGGAAGAUUUUGUUAAUUUUUUGUUUUUGUUAGGAUAUUUAUUUGGGUUUAUUUGUUUUGCGAAAUAAUGAGAACUUCGUGGGCAGAUUCUGCAUCUGAAAUUCCAGUUUCAGACAAUGGUUCCACACCUCGUCCAACUCGAUCCGCUUAUGUUCCGCCCCACCUUCGUAACCGUCAAGCUUCAGACGCACCUAACCUGCCAGGUCCCGCUACUGAGAGGCCAGGUUUUUGUGGGACCGCUGGUGGGUCCCGAUGGAGCGGCGGCGGUGCACCUAAGCCCGAACUGGGGCAUUCAGGUCCGGGUUAUGGUUAUGCUGGAGGUCUAGUUGGACGUGGUGGGAGCGGAGGUGGUUGGAAUAAUAGAAGUAGGGGUUGGGAUAAGAGAGAAAGGGAAGUAAACCCAUUUGAUGAUGAUGUUGAUGGUAAAACCGUUGAUGUCGAACAAGCAUUCGGCGAGCCAGAGAAUACCGGAAUCAACUUCGAUGCUUACGAGGAUAUUCCUGUGGAAACUAGUGGUGAAAAUGUACCACCACCUGUAAAUACAUUUGCCGAGAUAGAUUUAGGGGAGGUGAUGAAUCAAAACAUUCGAAGGUGCAAGUAUGUGAAACCGACUCCGAUUCAACGUCAUGCUAUCCCUAUAGCAUUAGCUGGAAGAGAUCUAAUGGCUUGUGCUCAAACUGGGUCAGGGAAGACAGCUGCUUUUUGCUUUCCAAUUAUUAGUGGCAUUAUGCGGGAGCAGUAUGUACAGAGACCUCGUGUAGGACGAGCUGUUUACCCUCUUGCUCUUAUUUUAUCCCCCACAAGGGAACUAUCUUGUCAGAUUCAUGAUGAGGCCAAGAAGUUCUCCUAUCAAACAGGUGUCAAGGUGGUAGUUGCGUAUGGAGGAGCACCAAUUAAUCAACAGUUGCGAGAGCUGGAGAGAGGAGUUGAUAUUCUUGUGGCAACUCCAGGACGAUUGGUUGAUUUGCUAGAGAGGGCUAGAUUGUCAUUGAUGAUGAUUAGGUACCUGGCCCUUGAUGAGGCAGAUCGCAUGCUUGAUAUGGGGUUUGAACCACAAAUCAGAAAGAUAGUGGAACAAAUGGACAUGCCUAAUCGGGGUGUGAGACAAACAAUGUUGUUUAGUGCCACCUUUCCAAGAGAGAUACAGAGACUUGCCUCUGAUUUUCUUUCAAAUUACAUAUUCUUGACUGUUGGGAGGGUUGGUUCAAGUACGGAUUUGAUCGUUCAAAGGGUUGAAUUUGUUCUUGAGUCUGACAAGAGAAGCCAUCUCAUGGAUCUUCUGCAUGCACAGAGGGAAAAUGGAGCUCAUGGCAAGCAAGCUUUGACGUUAGUUUUCGUGGAGACCAAAAAAGGAGCUGAUUCAUUGGAACAUUGGUUGUGCAUUAAUGGGUUCCCAGCAACGACCAUCCAUGGUGAUAGGACACAGCAGGAAAGGGAACUGGCAUUGAGGUCUUUCAAGACUGGAAAGACCCCGAUUUUAGUAGCAACUGAUGUGGCUGCUCGUGGUCUUGAUAUACCCCAUGUAGCUCAUGUGGUCAACUUUGAUCUGCCAAAUGACAUUGAUGAUUAUGUCCAUAGGAUCGGAAGGACUGGCCGUGCUGGAAAAUCAGGUCUGGCUACAGCUUUCUUUAAUGAGGGUAAUUUGUCUAUGGCAAGGCCUCUAGCUGAGCUAAUGCAGGAAGCAAAUCAAGAGGUUCCAGCAUGGCUAACCCGUUAUGCAUCCCGGGCUCCUUAUGGAGGUAGCAAAAAUCGACGAUCUGGGGGAGGGCGUUUCGGUGCUCGUGAUUUUCGAAGGGAAAGUUCAUUUGGUAAGAAUCUGGAUUACUACGGUGGGGGAGGGAAUAGUGGUAAUGCAGCUUAUGGAGUUCCUAGCAAUUAUGGCGGGGGAUAUGCUCCAGGGGUGACAAGUGCUUGGGAUUAGCUCACACAUUAUACUGGAUUAUUUUUUAUGUUUCGCUCGAGUAUAUAUAUAUAUAUAUGUUCGUUCCCU